GCAGACUAAACAGUCAGAUCUGUGAGAGCAAGAGGGGGGAGAGAGUGAAGAGGCAUUUUAAUAAAGGAGAGGACAACGACCAGGACUGAAGGCGAGCUGAGAACAGAGAGCUGAGAGGAGGACGGGGAGGAGCAGAGUAUCAAAAGGAUGUGAAAAAAAAAGUGUGUGCAGGAUUUAUGACUCAUUCAGAGACUGAAGAAAUAGGUGAAGAUAGCAAAAGAAAAGUGUUAAGGACAAGAACUGGCGUUGCAUAAUAUCUUAUCAUAUAAGUAACUUUUUAAACUGAUUACAGUUUGAUGGAGGAGAGAAACACACUGGAUUGCUCAACUCCGGCACAUCCGUGCACUUUCCCACACAUCUAAACUGCAGCUGUGCUGAAAUCACUACGCGAGGAAUACUGACGCCUCUGCAUCGUCUAACUCCUCUCUUCCUGUAUCGACUUCUAUGUCAUCCUUCUUCUCUGCCACCUCUCUCCCCCCUUCCUUGUCCCCUUCCUCCAACUCUUCCCUAAACCAGACUGGAUGUUCGUUUGAUGACGCCGCCCUCCGUCUGCCCCUGGCAGUCCUUUACUCCCUGUUCUUCCUCUUUGGGCUCGUGGGGAACCUCUUCGCCCUGUGGGUCUUCCUCUUCCUGCAUUCAAGCCGCAACUCUGUACGGGUGUUCCUCAUCAACUGUGCCGUGGCUGAUCUGGUCCUGCUGGCGUGCCUGCCCUUCAGAGUGUUCUACCAUGUUAACGGAAACAAGUGGGAACUGGGAUCUGUGGCGUGCAAAGUUGUGGGGAAUCUGUUUUACAUGAACAUGUAUAUCAGUAUUACUUUACUGGGGCUCAUCAGCCUGGACAGAUACCUGCGGUUGAAGGGUAAAGGCAAGGCAAGGAGAGGCAUGAUGAUGAUUCUGUGGGGACGCAGCCGGCCGUGGAGCUGGGUGGCAUGCGGGGCUCUGUGGGGUCUGUCGCUGAUGGCGUUGGUGCCAAUGAUCGCCACUGCAGAGGACAAAGAGUUCAACGGCAAGUGCUUCCAAUACAAGCAGCGCAGCAGCAAAGCCAAAGGGAAAGCCUACUUCAACGCCAUGCUUGUGUUGUUGUUCUGGCUCGUCUUCGUCAUGCUGGUUGUCUCCUAUGCCAAGAUUGCGUCCCAGCUGCUGCGGGUGUCACGGGACAAACCGGACCUUCCCAAUGCACAGAGAUACCAGAGAACUGCCAAGAAGUCCUUCUUCGUCCUCUUUCUGUUCACCGUCUGUUUCGCACCCUACCACGCCUUCCGCCCCGUCUACAUCCUCUCCCAGCUCAGCGAAACGGCAUCUUGUGACUACUUGCAACUGGUGGACCGCACCAACGAGGUGAUGCUUCUGUUCUCCGCCUUCAAUAGCUGCCUGGAUCCUGUCAUGUACUUUCUGUUAUCUGGCUCUGUUCGCAAAACCGCCCUCCAAGCACUUGGACACCGACUUGGCCACCGUCUUCUCUUCCUAAACGACGCGACAUCUAACAGCUCGACCACCGAGUUCAGACGGCCAUCUGCGCCUAUGGCUUUCCCGAACGCUGAACUGAACACCCCCUCAGUCACCCCUAGAACGAGUAUCUGUAUCAUCAACUCCACCCUCCGCCACACAGGACUGACUACGCUUCCAACUACUGGCCAACAAUGAUGACAAAUCUGACUGCAACAAAGCCUGAACACCCGAGAAAUAAAUUUCUCACAUUUCUAACACAGGCCGGACUGCUGAGCUUAUUCUGUACAAAACUGAGCAUUUAUACACAUUCUUACUUCUUUUGUUUAAAGAAAAAUAAAUAUGUUUUUUACUCCUGA